UUUUAAUUGACAGUAUUUUAGUGUGGCAUUUGGAAGUCGAGGUCAUAUGUGGGUUGUGAGUCUUCGUCCCUAAAUUGAGUGUGUGUUAAAAAAACUAAGUAAUUGUUGAUGAACAAUUUUGUUGGACAUACGAUCUGAAAAAGCUAGUUCGAUUUCCUCCAAAACCAAUUAUUCACCCCAAUAAGAUUUGUUAUGCCAAAAAUUGAGUAUAUUGGUCGUCCAUCUUUACACUUCUACGGCAAGCUCCUGUCAGAAAUAGCCAAAAACCUUAAAAACCGCGCCAAGGGUAGAGUAGUAAUAAAGGAAACUGAAACAGCAGAAUUCAAGGAGCCAUGCUAUUACAUUUUAAAAAAUGUUGUUCCACUUAUGUCUGAUAAAUCUGAUGUUAGAUGUAGAGCAUGGGGUAUACGGGUAUUCCGUGGCCGAAAUCUUGGCUAUUGUCUCCUACCAAAUACCCAUGAACCAGAUUGGCGUCUUCUAUCACCUAGUGAAGCUGAACGUCUAAUGUCCAUGUCAACAAUAACUGAUUUGGUCGCUCCGGAUGUUCCAGUUAGCUGCGUUGCUCAAGCUCCCCCUUUAUUGACAAUAUUUUUACGAAGAAAAAAUGUACUUCCACCACAAGUAGUGGAAGAAGCUGAAAAAUCUACUCACUCUUUAAAUAUACAACAAUCAAUGAGAGAAGCUAGUGGUUUAUUAUUGUUAACACCUCACCGCUAUGAUCCGACAAGUUUCAAAGUUCCUAUUGAACCGACUUCCGAGGAGAAAUCACGUAUGUAUCCUCCAUAUGAAUGGUCAGCUAAAAAAGGAUUAAUUAUAAAGCCAAAUUUGGAUCGAGAUUCUUAUUUAAUUCGUCGAUCUGAUACACCUGGAUUGUAUUGGCGUGUUCAUCUAGCGAAAUCUUCCAAAACAGAACAAGAUAGUGAAACAGUUUCAUAGACAGGAAAUUGUUAUCAAAAGAACUGGAUUAGCUAUAUUCUUGAUUGUUGAUAAUACAGUACUUAUGUAUGUAUAUACUACUUCUAUUACGUGUUUUAUUUUAUGCUAUAUGUGGUGAAAUAUUGAGUUCCUAAGUAAGUCAUGUAGGACUUGUAGUAAUGGUGUAAUGCUUUGAUUUAGUAUAUACUGCUAUAAUCCUGGAUAAUAUCAUAAGUCACAAAAUGGUGGAAACUUAUAUUUAAUACAUAAUUACAGAGCUGAACUAUGUAAUUAUUCAAUUUGUCGCAACGUUUGGUCGAAAAUGGAACGAUUAUGAAGACUUGUCAUUUGAGUGGAUGUGUAUCAACUGGUGGUAGAUUUUCUCGGUCUACAUCGCUAAACUGUAGUGAUAGGAACACCUUUAAAGAAUAUUUAUCCGUGACUGUUCAGCAGUUUAUUUUCCUCUUAAAGGUUCUUAUAGUUAAAGUCAAGAGAUGGCCUACUCGUACUAAACUUAUGGUUGUCAACAAUAUAGGCAAACACUUCUAACACCAACUGCAGCGAAUAAAAAUCUGCCCUCUGUAUCUUCAGGUAAUUAACAAAAGCAGUUAAAUUCGUACUUUUAAAAAGUUGAUUAGGUGUACAGCUAUUACGAGCUGUUUUUGAUGAUUUAAUCAAUCCUAACGUAGAGGAAUAGUGACAAGGUAAAUAUUUACUC